AUGAAGUCCUAUUCAGCGUCCCUCCUGUUCGGCGCUCUCGCAACCCUUGCGCAGGAAACCGUUCUGCCCGAAGCUGCCCUUGCCGGUCCAGGCUUUCCAGCACCAUCCUCUCUCAGCGGCAGCGAUGCUCUCGCCACCGCCAUCGGCCGAUUUGACGAAGCCGUCGCCCGCUCCCCGAUCGUGCAGGCCAACGAGGCGGCGUGGGCCGUGGCCGUCUUCUCGACAGCUGAUGAAGAGCCCCUGUACGAGCGAUACUUCACGCCCGACUAUGACGUUGGCGUCGAGGAGGUCAAUCGCGAAUCGGUCUUCCGCAUCGCCAGCGUGUCCAAGGUGUUCAGCGUGUGGUCAUUCCUCAUGGAGGUGGGCGAUGAGCGCUUCAACGACCCCAUCACGCGAUAUAUCCCCGAGCUGGGUGACGCAGGUCCCUCGGACGGAGCGCUGUACGACGACAUCGACCAUGUCCGUUGGGAUGAGGUGACCCUUGGUCAGCUUGCGAGCCACCUGGCGGGCAUACCCCGUGAUCCCUCCCAGACGGACAUGUCGGCUCAACUGGGUCCGGAGCAAGCCAUGGCUUUCGGUCUGCCUUCUCUACCCAACAACGAAAUCCCUCAGUGCGGCGUGACCGGUUUGCUGAGGACAUGCACUCGAAAUGAAACCAUGGCCCAGCUCCGCAAGCAGCACCCCAUCUUCCCGACCGGACACUCCCCUGCGUACAGCAACGUCGCCUACGCCCUCCUUGGCUUCGCUCAGGAAGCCAUCACCGGCCAGCUCGUCAGUAGAGCCAUUAGCGACAACAUCCUCUCCGCCCUCAACAUGACCGUGAGCAGCUUCAACACGCCGCCCCCUUCUGGCGGGGUCAUACCCGGCAACGCCUCAUCCAUUGGCUGGGACUGGAAGACAGGCGUCAUGGACCCAGCCGCGUCCAUCUACAGCUCUGCGGGCGACAUGCUCAAGGCUGGGCGCGCAAUCUUAAAGUCCACUACCUUGGCCCCCGCGCAGACACGUCGCUGGCUGAAGCCCAUGAGCCAAACGGGCGUACUCGGAUCGGCCGUCGGUGCGCCGUGGGAAAUCCGCCACCUAGUGCUCGACAAGCGACUGACGCAGCUUUACACCAAGCAGGGCGACACGGGCGGCUACCGCGCGGCGCUGGUGCUGUCGCCGGAGCAUGGCCUCGGCGCGGUGGUCCUGUCUGCAGGCCCCAUCGAGUCCAACUCUGCCGCUGUGCGCGAGACGCUCAUGAACGCCGUCGGCGCUGUCUUCCUACCCGCAGCGGAGCUGCAGGCGCGAGAAGAGGCGCGCUCCAACUUCGCAGGGACAUACACAAAUGCCGCGACCAACAGCUCCGUCACCAUCGAGGUUGACGCCUCGACGCCCGGCCUCGGCGUGACGCACCUCUCUGCCCGCGGCAUCGAGGUCAUUGGUCCCUCCAGCCCCUUCAUCCCUCUCUACGGCGCCGGCCAGUCAGCGCGGCUCUUCCCGUCAGGCCUGCGGACGGAGCGAGCCGAGGCGAACGGCACAGCAACACAGGAACCCCAAAGACGAGCCGUUACGUAA